CAGAGUUUUGACAGAAAUCACAGUUUUAUUUGAAAAUUCGCCUAAAAUAUGGAAAUUGAAUGUGAAAUACAACUCGGACCACCUGAACGCUCUCCAAAGGUGGAUGUUUUAGUAGUGGGUGCGGGUAUAUCUGGAUUGGUGACGGCAUAUCGACUUUUGGAAAAAGAUCCCUCUUUACGAAUCAGAAUACUGGAGGCAGAUGUUGUCGUUGGUGGGAAUUUGCUACAAUCACCUCUGGGUGAAAUCGGCGCCAAAUGGUUAGAAGAGUCACAAACACAUAUGCACCAGUUGCUUCAUCGAUUGGGAGUGUCGACGCGGCAGCGGACAAUUGUAGAUGAAACAUUGCCGCGUUGUUGGGAACUGGAUCAAAGUGUAUCCGCAAAUUUGGCCAAAUACGAACUGCAACGCUACAUAAAGGAAUUGCAGUUGAAGACACCCUUCUUCAAGCCAGGACGCUUUAGCAUAAGAAAAGACUCAACUAAAAUGGAGAGACAUAUAAAAAACCGGUUAUUUUUCAAUGAAUCCCGUAAAUUUAUGAUGAAUCUAGUGGAAUUGGUUUGCGGUUCGAAGGCGACUAAUAUCACUUACAAGGAAUUCAUGAGCCUUUGUUAUGGUUGCGGUGGCUUACAAAAUAUAAUCAAUAUCUACUUGGAAUGCCCGAAUACUUUGCUAGAGUUCGACAGCACGCAACUACUCAAGGCACUCACACAAAGAUUGCAACAUACAGAAAUUCUACUCUCGCGAAGAGUGAAAUCUAUAUGUCAUUACAAAGACUAUGUUGAGGUGCAUGACUCUACACAAAAUAUCCACACAACCGAUGCUCUUAUCUUCGCAAUUCCAUUAAAUUGUUUACAACAGAUCAACAUCUCUCCGCCAGUGCCCGUGGAGUUGCGCAAAGUUAUGAAUAAUAAAUUGAAAGCGGAGAAAAGCGUGACCAGCUUUAUAGCUGGUUACAGUGAUGGUCACUGGCGGAAAGCCGGCUACUCAGGCAAUUUCCUAAAAAAUGAGCCGCUUAUACUGGGCUACGAAUACCGUCCCAACGUCUACGUGGGCAUGAUGGUUCAUGAUAGUACUAUGGAUGCUUUGGUGCGUGCAAUUGUUUUGGACGCUUUGGCGCAAAACUUUGGUGACGAAAUGAAAAGGCCGCAUAGCUACAAUCAACACACAUUUGAAUUAAGUAAUUUGGCGCAUGUGCCCCUCACGACGCCUUGGCAUCGCGUCAUAUGGUCAUCAUCGGCUGCUGCGUCCACCUGCUAUCGCGGCUUCCUGGGUGGUGCGGUACAAAGCGGGCUGCGGGCUGCAAUGAAUGCGCUAUUAAUAGUGAGACCACAGACAGUGACCUGGACGGACGUCGCCGAUGUACAUUGUCAAAAUUGCCCAAACAUUAAAGGUAUUGGAGUGCUACAAUUGUGGAUGAGUGGGCUCAACCUCUAUAAUGUGGGCUUCUACUCUUUAUAUGCUUCGAGUGUACUUGUAGCGUUGCAACUCGCCUAUAAAAAAUUUGGUUAAAACUUAUCAAGAAUUAUUUAUUAUCAACUUCUGGGUUGUAAAGGAGCCGAUUUCAUCAUAAUUUAACUAAAAUUUCCAGUCAAGUUUUCUGGCCGAGAAUAUUGAAGAGGUCAAUCCCUAACCUUUUACCCUAGAUGUGUACUUGUUACACAAAACGAAAACACGCGCGCAGACAAAUAUGGAUCUGGUACUGAGCUCCAUAGCAGCUCGCCUGGUACCUAGACCAUUGCAUGCCAGGCAAAGUUUUUUUGGAUGUCCUUUUUUUAUUUUAUUUCGAAACCUAUCAUAAUCAACUGCACUGGGGCUGUAUCUGUACCGGAUGAGAUAGAAUGCGGAUUGAAUCUGAUAGAUGCUGGAACACACCGACACAUUUUCUGUGAGUGUCCGGAUAUGGCUGGAUUUUUUGUGAUUACUUAGUUGCUAGUUUAGGUUAGGAAUGCGUCUACCCAGGACGUAGCCAGGGUUUUAUUUGGUGGCCUAAUUCACUAUUCACAGUAAAUUAAAGCAAAAGUAGUUCAAUUUUACAUAUCAUUUACCUAUUUCUGAAUUUUAAGUUAAGCUGAUUUUGUACCAUUCUAGUUUGACAUUGACAGCUCUCUCGUACUCAAGGUCUUGACUGAUAUUCAGGAUCAUAUUUAUGCGGAAGCAAAUUAAUCGUCUACACUCGAGCAACGGUGAAAUGUUAUUGCUGCUUUUUAUGGGAGUCCAUAAAUGUCCCGUACGAGCCAGUCGGGAAUAGAGACAGAAACCAGCGAAGUCAGCCGAAUCAGCCACAUGUCCAUA